AUGUGUGAGACUAAAACCGUAAGAAAAAUAUAUAACGACAGUGACGACGACAAUUUUAAUAUUGGUUUCUUUAUUGUUUCAGAUUGUCUCCAUCUGCAACUGUAUCGUGAUCCGAAGGACCGGUACAAGAAGGGUCAAACGAAGGCUUCUCUUUCCCUUCAACACUUUCUCGGAUUUGAAUCAGGAUUUACUUUAGAUAAAGAGUCCAACACCAUCGCCAUAAUAUGUCAAGAUGUGACAGUAGUUCUGGCUUUUGAGACCAGAGAGCGACUUAUAGCAUGGCAGGUCAAAGUUGGAGGUCAACUAGGUUCAUCUAAGGAGUUCUUGGUGAUGAUAGGCAGUGGUGGAUCUCGGAAACUUCCCGCUGGACCUGCACGGCUUCAUCUUCAGGGUAGAAGAUUUGCUCUGACAAGUGGAGUACCGCCUCGAGUACUUGGAUUAUGGGAACUUGCGCAUUUGAGGCGCUACGGUGUUGUAGAGGGACGUUUUUGCUUCGAAGGUGGAUCUCAUUGUGGUAAAGGCGAAGGACUACAUAUGUUGAUAACCGAUCAAGCUCAAGACAUAACAGACGCUUUUGACCAUUCCACUCAUGGAAAUCUUCAACAAAGAACACAUGGACCUAGGAGUACUGGUAAAUCUCGACCGAAUACACGUUUAUCCGACUUUAAUACUGCAGAUCAAUCUAUACAAGACAACGCAAGUGCUUUGUAUGAAGAAAAUUACUUCGGGGAAGAUUGUGGAGAUAUAUCGCCUUACUGGCCAUCAGCAGAGAAGCGGGGAUACGAUGAAACUGAAUACAGGCCUGAUACAGAAAUAGAUGUUAAGCCACCUUGGAGUGGAGCAGACCACAUCACUUUGGAACGCUGUAACAAUUGUGUUACUAAGCUUGGCGGUGUUUCUCGAUCUUCAACGGUAGCUCUUAACACAGGAAGUAACUUUAAUCCUGCAUGGACAAUGGAAGCAGUACCUGAAAGUUGUUCGGAUAAUUCUUCCAAUAGUACUGAAAAUUUUACGCCUAAAGCUGUUAGAAAAGAAUCUUGUCAGUGUAAAGAGAAACCUCCGCAAAGGCCGCCGAAACCACAACAUUUUGACCAAAAAAAACCACCUGCACCAUUGCCAUCACAAGGUUGCAGUUGUAUUUCAAAUGCAAACUUUCGACCUAGCAACAACCCAAAAGUAGGGCCUUAUGAAAACUACGAUGUACCUAAAGUUUCGUAUUCUGAGGUGGACAAAGAAGAGUACUAUGAUACACCGAAAAGAAUUAAAGCAGCACUCGCUGAUGAUCUUUUUCAAGUUACAAGCACUUCGACGCCGGGCUCAUUAGUAUUAAAGAAGAAGUGUGGAUGUAUACUAAAAUUUGGUUCAAAAAAGAAACCUGUUAUUGUGGAAUGCGAUGAAAACUUACAGCCAGUUGAUUGUCCAUGUCAAAAAGUUACAAAUUGGGCGAACAAUUUAAUUAGUCUACCGUAUUGUAAGAGAAAUACAAGCAACGAAAAAAUUAGUACCGAAAUUCUUAGUAACAGUAAGUUAGAUGACAUGGCGCUAUAUGCAACAGUAGAUGUCUCGAGGAAAACUAAUAGACAAAGUGCUUUGGAUCAAGAUAAAAUACAAGAUAGUACAGCUGAAAUAACGAUUACAAAUUAUCAAAAUAUAGAACCGAACGAAAGCAAAGACUUUGAAGGUCCUUACUCUAAUUAUGAAAAUCUUGAAUUUGCAUUAUCGUUAGAAUACUAUGAAAACGCAAAAGAUUUGUUGAAGAAAGCUGGGGUCACUCAAAAUGAAUUGGAUGCCCUUAGUGCUAAUAUUGAUUUAGCAUCUACAACUUUACCAAAGAAACCUCAGCCUUGUUUAAAAUGUAGUCAUCGUAAACCUUCUACUCUACAUGAUAAUAAAAAUAAAUCUGAUGAAUACUUACUUAUGGAACCAACGAAGGAUAUUAAAAGUUGCUUAGUUUCCCGCGCGAUUGGAAAUAAUCCAGGUUACACUCCAAUGUCACCCAAUCCUAAUUGGUCACAAAGCUUGAAACAUCCUAUUGUGAAAGUUCACCGAGCGGACAUUGAAAAAUCAUUAAGUAUACCAACGUUGCAUGGAACUGGUAAUUGUAGUCAACACUUAGAUGGUACAAUAAAUAAAGAAGCCAUUCAAAAGAGAUCAAGUUCAGUAGAUUCUGCGAGAUUGCUUGAAGACUUAAAGGAAUUCGAUAGUAGCAUAGGUAGUCAUGCAACAUCAUCGUCCAUGGAAACAUUAAGAAAUCUGGCUUUAGAAAACAGGCUAGCAUCACCUUGCGAUAAUGAUCGCGAGUGUUACGACUGCUGUAAAUCAUCUGGAUCGGAAAACAAAACGUCAGAAGCUAGUUCUUCGAAAGAUAUACCUCAUUUACGAAACAAACAUAUGGACAACGCAGCUAUAAAACGGUCGUCAAGUGUACCAUGCAAAGGAGGAAACAGAGACUCUUCUAGUUCCAAUGACUCGGGAGUCUCAAGUUGUUCCUUGAAACACGGCGGUGGAGAGUUUCAAGAGUUUGAAAUGCCUUUGACUUCAGGACAUUCAAGAUAUCAUUAUAUGGUAGCUAAAAGAAUGCGAGGAAAUCUUUCAGGGUCCAUUCAUUCUUCGCUACCAAGGAAAUCUAAAUCAUCAGAUCUUUUAAGAGAUCAGCCUAUGCAACUACCUAAAAGUAGUGCCCAUGGUAAAUCAUCUUCUGCAGAAGCUGAAGUACCAGUGUUGCCACCAAAACAGUUUAAAGGUGUUUUGGAUACACACAGCACUUCAAGCGGUACUUCUGACAUGUCGGAUUAUAUUGAAACACUAUCACUGACGUCGUCUCAUUCGUCUUCAGACUCCCCGAUGGCAGGAAGGUUAAAUCGCCAACCAACGAGCACUCUUCGGCCACGUUCAGGCAAAGAAUACCACAACUUGGAUCCCAUUAUCACAUCGAUGUACAAGAACGGCAAAGAUUUGGCUAACUAUACUAAUCUGCCCUAA